UUCACAGCCAUCAUCACAGUAUCGAUCACUCAUAAUACUACGUCCCCACACGCCAAAACGCCCCACUAAAACCCCACUUAGUCGCGCAAACAAAACCGAACUGAACACGCGCUGAAUAAACGUCGCACCACUCUUUGCUCGACACACAGCCGAGCUGAUCCACGACACGAUCGGCGACAAUGCAGCAGCAGCAGCAGGGGAAUCGCUGUUUGUGUUUGCUGCUGCUGCUCGUCGUCGUCGUUGUUCUCCCAUGGGGCGGGACGGUGGCGGCGGCCGGGGCGCCGGGGAGGUGCACGACGUCGGCGGCGGGCAAGUCGUACGCAAAAUGCAUCGCGCUGCCGACGCAGGGCGCGACGCUGGCGUGGACGUACGACCCGCGGAACGCGACGCUGGACGCGGCGUUCACGGGCACCUUCAUCUCCCCCUCGGGCUGGGUGGCCUGGGGCGUGAACCAGGACGCGCCCGCCAUGGCCGGCGCGCGCGUCAUCGCGGCAUUCUCCGACCCUUCCACGGGGGCACUCCUCGCGCUCCCCUUCGUGCUCUCCCCGGACGUCAAGCUCCAGGCGAAACCCCUCGUGUCCCGCCCGCUCGACAUCGUGCCGCUCCUGGCAUCCUCCGCCACGCUCACGGCGCCGGGCGCCCGCAGCGUCGUCCGGGACGGCGCGUCCGUGGCCAUCGCGGUCACCAUCCGGCUCUCCCCGAACCGCACGAGGCUCCACUUUGUUUGGAACCGGGGACUCUACGUGCAGGGCUACUCCCCGACCAUCCACCCCACGGACGCCUCCGACCUGGCCUCGCACGCCACCGUCGACAUCCUCACCACGGCCACGGAGUCCUCCCGUGCCGCCUCGGCCACGAUGCAAUGGACGCACGGCUCACUCAACGCGCUCUCCUGGGGCCUCCUGCUCCCCAUCGGGGCCGCCACGGCCCGGUACCUCCGGCCCUGCACGGCGUCCGUCGGCCCGGCCUGGUUCUACGCGCACGCGGCGACGCAGGCGGCCGGGUACGCGCUGGGCGCGGCCGGGUUCGCGCUGGGCCUCGUGAUGGGGUCGGCGUCGCCCGGGGUGUCGUACAGGCUCCACCGUGGGCUGGGCAUCGCGGCGGCGACGGCGGGGAGCCUGCAGACGCUGGCGGUGUUCUUCCGGCCCAAGACGACCAACCGGUACCGCAAGUACUGGAAGUCGUACCACCACCUGGUCGGCUACGGCUGCGUGGUGGUCGGGGUGGUGAACGUCUUCCAGGGCUUCGAGGUCAUGGGGCUCGGGGAGUCCUUCUGGAAGCUCGGCUACUGCGUGGCGCUGGCGUCGCUGGUCGGGGCCUGCGUCGCGCUGGAGGUGAACGCCUGGGUCGUGUUCUGCAGGCGGCAGCAGGAGGAGAAGCUCAUGCGGAGGGACGUCGAGGAUGUCGUCGCCGUCAAGGACAGGGCCGCCGCCUUCUAGCAUUGCUCGAGAGCUUAAUUAAUCGCAGCUAGCGGCGCGGAUGACCGACGCUGGCUUGGAGUUGAGAGUGACGUGUCUGAGAUACAGUCAGUGAGUACAUACAGAUUACAGACGCGGCCACGGACAGUCAUCGCGGUGCUUGUUUUGUCGGACGGUGAGCGCGAAUUCCCUGCUGGCGUAUGCUCCUGCUACUAUUGUCGACACAAGAACGUUCUUGUUUUUUCUUCUUCUUGCUCUCUGUUUAUGUAUACAACAUAGGAAUUCAUGUAUAAUUUGUUCAGUCUCUCAAUGAAAUCUUUGUACCUUGACGGGCCUUCAUGACAA